AUGCAGACGAGUGCGCGAGGAGCUGCCGCGUUGCAGCCCCACCUGGUGGGGAAGAGAGUUCUAGGACUUGGCGUCGCUGCCGUGGACUUCAUCGCAACCGUCGAUCACUUCCCUCAGCCGGACGACAAGAUUCGGAGCACGAGCUUCUCGAUGCAAGGAGGAGGGAACUGCGCCAACACGCUGACGUGCGUGAGGAGGCUGGGGGUGGAGGCUAUACUCGCAACCAAGCUGGGAAAGGACGCCAACGGGAACUCCAUUAUCUCUGAGCUCAAUGACGACGGCGUCUCAACCUCCUUGUGCAUCUGCAAGGAAGGACUUGACUCGCCCUUCACCUACAUCAUCGUAGACGACGCUACUCACACCCGCACCUGCAUCCACACGCCGAUCCAGGAGGAGCUGCUGGAGGAAGAGGUAGCAGCUGAGUGGCUUGACGGAGUCUCCCUCCUCCACCUCGACAGCCGCAACACCCGCGCAUCGAUCAAACUCGCCAAGUUGGCGAGGGAGCGCAGCAUCCCCGUCGUCUUGGACGCAGAGAAGGACAGGCCGUACAUGCGCGAGCUCCUGCCCCUCGCCGAUGUCAUAGUCACCAACUCCAAGUACCCCCUCGUCUUCGACUCUGCCGGGUUCGUCCAGGGCAUGCAAGCUCUCCUCCAGCUGGGGUCGGCAAAGAUGAUCAUCUCCACGCAGGGCGACCGGGGUUGCACUGCUCUGGUGCGCGGAGAGGACGGAGGGGGAGCGUACGAGAAGAUCACGACUGAGCACAUGCUCGUGAGCGGAGAGCCGUGUACUGUCUACACUUGUCCUGCGCUGCGGGUGGAGGAAGUGGUUGACACUACAGGAGCAGGAGACAGCUUCAUCGGGGGCGUGAUCUAUGGGGUCCUCAAUGAUUGGAAGAUAGACAGGAUCUUGAUGUUCGCUUCCUACGUAGCCAGCAGGAAGAUCCAAGGACGAGGGGCAAGGGAGGGGAUCCCACGAUGGGAAGAUAUACCCGAGGCGGUAAAAAGUGGUAUCCAGGAGUGA